GCUCAAGAUGAGAUAAGUGAGAGAAUCCCCAAAGGAAAGCGCAGUUGCACGCGCUCCCUCCCCCUCACUAGCGCGUCUAUGAGGGGCAAUCGCGGGGCACCAAUCUACGCAGCAGCAGUCUCAACACCAAACACCGUCGCAUACAAACCCAACUCCCCACACACAACCGACACAAUGUUCAAGAAAGACAUAACCUCGGGCGCAAAAUCAAAGGUCAAAUCUAGCGCCCAACGCGCCAUCCGCUCAAAAGUGCUGGAGGAAUAUCCGAGAUUAGAACCGUAUAUUGAGGAUAUAUUGCCCAAGAAGGAGCAAUUAGAUCUGGUCAAGCUACCCGACCGCGUAUCCCUCUACACCCUCCACUCCACCCCCCUCUUCUUCCAACACAUGGACGACGCCCUCCUCCCGCACCUAACCCUCGUACACAAAUACCCGUUCGCCUUCCACCGCCUACGCAUCGACCGGGGCGCCAUCCGCUUCGUCCUCUCCGGCGCCACGUUAAUGGCGCCCGGUCUAACAUCCCCGGGCGGCCGCUUACCAGGACCAGAACUGAGUGAUGAUGAUAAAGAGGUGUAUGGAGCAGAGGAUCUGAAGGAGGGCGAGGUGGUGGUUAUUGAGGCGGAGGGAAAGGAGACGGCGUGUAUGGUUGGGGUGUUGAAGAUGGGGACGGAAGAGAUGAAGAAGGUUAAGAAGGGGCAGGCGUGUGAGGCGGGGCAUUAUUUGGGAGAUGGGCUUUGGGGGUUGAAGUUGGAUUGAAAGGGUACGGAUGUCACAGGUUUGAGUGAGGAUGAUAGGGCCAUGGCAGCGUACGGCUGGGGUCACACGAAUAGAGACGAGACGAAAUGGCUCAUGAUGAGGAGCUACUCGAGGCUCUGAUCACAGACACGAUAUUACAGCUUAUCUUGCCAUAUGCAAGAUGGUUGUCGAUCUCAACACGGGAUCUCCAUGAAUACAAACGAAAUUGAACAU